AUGAUUAUAGAGAUGAUAUUUGCAGCCAUUGUGGGCUGCUACGUCGUGUCGUCGUUCAUACUCUUCAAGUUCCCGAUGUUAUUACACAAGAAAAAGGAGGUGAAGUUCGUGUGUCGGCACAUUAGUCACCGGGGAGGCGCUGGAGAAAAUUAUGAAAACACAAUAUCAGCAUUCAGACAUGCAGUUGAUUUGGGAACAGACAUGCUUGAACUUGACUGUCAGCUCACUAGAGACGGACAAGUGGUGGUGUCACAUGACUCUGUCCUUGACAUUCGUACAGAGUUGAAAGGAGCAAUAUCCGAGUACAAUUAUGCUGAGCUCCCUCCAAUUAAAGAACAGAUACCCAUUGACUUCAUGCCAGGCAUAACAUUCAGCAGUAAUAAUGAAGAUCGGAGAUUUCCCUUGUUGGAGGAAACUUUUCAGCACUUCCCAAACACACCAAUUAACAUCGAUAUCAAGAUUGACAGCAAUGAAUUGAUAUCAAAAGUGAGCGAAUUAGUGAAGAAAUACCAGCGUGAGCACAUCACAGUGUGGGGAAACAUGAAGGAUGUAGUAACACGAAAAUGCUACAAGGAGAACCCAAAUGUGUGCCUGCUCUUCAGUGCUCGACGAGUGUGCCUCAUGCUGGUGCAGCUUUACACAGGGAUCUUGCCUUUUAUGCCACUCAAAGAAACCCACUUAGAAAUUUUUAUGCCAGUCCAUAUGGUUAAGAUAUAUGGAAGUCACUUUGAGUGUAAAUGGUGGCACACGUUGAUAGCCAAGAUUGCCAAUGUGUUACUCAUCAGGCGGUCGUUGUUUGAGCACCUUUCUAAGCGAGGGGUCCAGACUUAUCUCUGGGUAAUGAACACAGAGGAAGAUUUCCGCUGUGCCUUUGAAACUGGAGCCACUGGCGUUAUGACCGACUACCCCACCAAACUGAAAGCAUUCCUGGAGCAAAACCCACAGUAUUGUCACGAUCACAAACUCAGCUAAAUGCGGCUGUGGCCAAGUUAUCCCACAAAUAGCGGACCAUCUUGGGGGUUUGGGCCCCGUGUGUAAGGACUUGUUCCUCCUCACACAGUAAGUUAUCCGGGGGGAUUGUGACAGGUAUGGGCAUCAUUGUUCAUAUCAUUUAUUCAUUCUAAUCAUCCCUGUAAUAUAACAUUUUAAUUCUUAGAUACAGUUAAGAAUUUCUGUUGACUUGGUUCACUGCUCUCAUUACUCAGUAUUUAUAAUACAAAAUUUUAAUCACUAAUUAAUUAGAGACACUUCAUACAAAGAAUGAUGUUUUUUACAUAAAAAUAAGAAUGUAUAUAUUUUAUUAAUAAAAAUCUAUCUUAGAUACUCAUCGAAGAAUCCUUGACAAAAAAACAGUGAGCAGUGAACCAUUGUAUAGACUUGUAUCGAGAUUAUUUUAAUGAGAUUUUUUUGCAAAUUUAGAUUUGCUAUGUGCAUGUUAGCACUGCUAUAAAUUAUGAAAUGCAAAUGCUCAAACACUUUACUGCUCGUAUUGCAGUUUUAAGUAGAAAACAGAAUGGGCUUUAUUAUAUCAAAUACUGUCUAAUUGGCCCUUUUAAACUUUAGUCAUUUUUAGCUCAAAAGAAGCAAAUAUUAAUAUGGAUUUGAGAUGGGAAGUUCAUCUAUUAUUUAGAUUUAUACUGCCUUACUUUUUUAGGGGGUAGGGUGGUAUUAGGGGUAUGAAUCUUUUUAUAGUUUUCAACAGUUAAAUCUCAUCCUGCAAGUAAUUUAUUAAAUGCUUAUAUUUGAUUAAAAGCCAGCAUUUAUUUCUAGUCUGACUUUGUUAUAUUUGUGCAUGAAAAAUGUUUCAUCAGUAUUAUCUGACUUUAUUUGCCUAACAAUAUUUUUUGUAGGUUAAUAAAUGAUACAGUUAUUUAUAGGAUGCUUGACCAGUUUUAGUACUGUAAAUCAAGGAGAAAAAAUCGGUAGCCAGCUUUAUUUUCAGCUUUAAAGUCGAUUACAUAGAAUUUGCUAAAAUAUCGUAGUCUAGAGCCAAGUACAUAACCCAAAAUAUCUCAUCAGUCCUGUUAGCACCCUUUUUUAAUGAACAAAUUAAUGUGAGCUGCUUUUAUUUUUCUUCUAAAAGUGUAUCCUGUCCAAGCACUAAUUUACUGUAUCUUAACAUUCAUAUUCCACAGAAAAAUUGCAUAUCACUUUGAAAAUAUUAAAAGAACAUGGCACUGAAAAGCGCUUGGUGUUGAAGGUAAGAUGAUAUACAAGAAACAUACUAUUGGUAUAACCAUCUGGUUGUUUACACGAUUGAAGACAAAGUUAUCUUCGGACAAAAGUACUCAAUACAAGCAAAAUGAACUAGUUUGGUAAGGAGGCAUAUAUCUUAAGCAGGUGAUGAGUCACAAUAACGUGGCUGAAGUAUGUUGACCAGACCACACACUAGAAAGUGAAGGGAUGACGACGUUUCGGUCUGUUCUGGACCAUUCUCAAGUCGAUUGUCCACAAUCGACUUGAGAAUAGUCCAGGACGGACCGAAACGUCAUUGUCCCUUCGCUUUCUAGUGUGUGGUCUGGUCAAUGCAUAUAUCUUAAUAUUCAAAUUUGUUUGAGUAAAGUGUAGAAUGCUCAAAAUGAAUAACAAUGACCAAAGCAGUAUACUGUACAGGUAAACUGCAUGUUGUGUAUAAGCACGAAGUGUAGCCCUCAAGAGAAAGACUAUUGGCUCACAGUGUAUAGUUUAAUUGUUAUUUAUGAAACCUCACAUAUAAUAAUAAUUAUAUAUGAAGAGUAUGUUGUUGAUAUCGUAUUUCAUAGAGUAUAUUUCUGGGACUUCUGACGCCUGGUGAAGUCUUGAGCAUACAUGCCAAGCUUGAUGAAGAUCAGCUUAAAACUGUCCAGUACAACUUUCCUUGAUAAUUUAACUAUAACAGACUUCGCAGCCAUUGGUUAUGCUAAGCUGUGCCAGAUCCUAUUACAUAAUACAUUUGUUUUAUCAAUAUUUUCAUGUCCUUUUUAAGUGUGUUACACCAAAGAGGAUAUGAAAAAAGACAAAAGAGGACAACAAAUAUUAACACCUGGUAAUAGGUACCAAGAUCUGGGCCAGUGGCCUAUAGGUUCCCAUGCCUGCUUUAAGCCAUGCACUCCUUAUCCAUGGUGCCUUGAAAGUGUAUGUCAGAUAACCCAACUUGGUUAAAAGUGGAUAAACGCUGAAAAUAGACGAUUUGGCGUCGAUGAGCCAGUUGUGAUAUGCACUGAAAAACAUCUGUUUUAAGAAUGCACAGAAUCCUGAGGAUGCUUGGUCAGGUUUGCUUAUGAUCUACACGUGAAGCACCAUUAAUACCAAUUACUUUUUAUGACAUGUUUGUCCUUUAGGCACAUAUGGCAAAAUCAAAAUGUAUCAUGUUUUUUUAAUUUAAACAUAGCGUACAUAAAAAUAUAACACCUAGUUGCGAAAGCAAACUUGUCAUAUACAGUAUUGGAAACGCUAUAUGGAUGAUGAGUUCCUGUUGGCAUCCUAAUUGACUUAAUUAUAAUUACCAAACACAUGGCAGAAAGAAAACAUCUUGUGUGGGUUCUUGGUAGAACUAUGGGAAAAUGUUUAAUAUGGUAAUGGCAUGCAUGGAGUUUUUAAUUUGUGAAACAUUUCCAAUUCUUAGCCGAUUUUCAGUUCCCAGCUCAUUACAUGCGUUUUAUAUCAUAUGUCCUUUGUUAUACCCAGUAAGAAGGCUGAUCAGAAAAUAGUUUUUUCUGUAAUUGUGCAGAGACUGGUAGUCAAGUUGAUAUAUAUGACCAAAUUGACAAAAAUCUAUUUUUAAUUUAAAAUGUAAUUAUUUUAUUUUUAAUAUUGUGCACAAAAGAAUAUGCUAAUAUCGCCAUAGUUUACCUUUUACUAAACAUAUUACCUUUAGUAUCGAAUACACUCCGACAAGCGCGCGCACACACACAGACAGUAGCAGAUAGAUGUUAUGGCUUUUGCAUGGGAAGAUCCUUUGUACCAAAUCUACUUAGCUUUUAUGAUAGUCACAGAGAUAUUACGGUAGACUUGGUUGGGUUAAUUGCAUUCAUCUGGGCCUAAAAUAAAGGCUUUUUGACAAUCUGACAAGAGGCUGCUCUGAAAAUUAAAACAUACUGGUUGGGAUGAAACAGAAAUUCAAACACAAAUAGAUGAGAGCAUGAGAAAGACCAGACCGGAGAAAUGUCACUAGCAGAGUACUAUAACAUUCACUUCUUGCAUAAGUACAGGUAAUGUUCAUUGUCUAUACAGUAUAAACAAUCUAUCAGAGGGGAUUCAGAGUUACAUAAAUAUGUUUGCAGAUAAUAUUUAGUUACUAGAAAGAGUAAAAUAUUUAGAUGACUCCCAUGCCCAACAAAGUAACAUUGACAAAAUAAGUGAGUGGAGCAACACAGCAAAUGGAAUUCAAAUUAAAUGAAUGUGGAAUAAGGGAAAACAAGCGACACUCAAUGUAUAAAUUAUGUAAAAAGAUAUAAAGAAUUCUGACAAAUAAAGAGGUCUAAUGGUGGUUCUAGAUAGUAAACUGUCACCAAAGGAUCAAUCUAAGGUGGUGUGAGAGGAACCUAUGCUGCACAAAUAAAUUUUAAAAUACUUGACAUUUCUAAGACCAAAUGAGAAUAUGCAGCAGUUGUGGUGUUCCAUAUUUCAAGAAGCACAUUAAUAAACUAGAAUGUUUAUUUUCAGAACAUAGAGGGGAAAAAAAGAGAGAUGAUAUGAUCACACAAAAUAGUGACAAGUUUACACAAUUGACUAGGAGGAAUUUUUGGAAAUUAGCAACUUCAAAAACAAGUGACCAUAGAUUCAAGCUGAGGAAACAAGGUCUCUUCUUGCAAACAAAGUGCUUUGAGCUGGAAUAACUGAAGUGAAAAUCUGGUGGAUGUCAAAAACAUCAGUAGUUUCAAAGUGUCACACGACAAAAGACGGGACACCCCGAGUCCCAUUUUAUCCUGUAACUGUACUUAGGUAAUUACACAAACACACAGCACAUACAGUACACUGUUCUAGCACUCAAUUGUAUUUAUAGCACAACUAUAAAUGACACACACACACACACACAGUGUGUCAUUUAACUCACAGUUAAAUGACUAUUUUUAACUGGAACUUCCAGUUGGUUUUGCCGCAGGUUUGAACCCGGCUGGGCCUGGUCUGAGACACCAGGUCAUCUUCCCCAUGUUUGCCUCUGGCAGCAUUGGUUCAGUUGUCCUUUCACAUACAUUUUGAGGUGGCAAGUGCUUGGAUAACUUUUUAGCACAUAUCGAUCUGUUGCACAGCAGUCUGAUUUUUACCUACAUGGUUUAUCCUCUGAUUACAGUUUGGCUUAGAGUGCUGUGCCUUUUUUCUCCAAUGAAAUCCCCUUUGCUACUCUCAGGAUGGUUGCUCUCCAACAGCAUCUGUCAUCACUUAAACUCUUUUUGGGGUUUGGUUCUGUGGCACCUUCCCUCCACCCAUUCUCGACCUAGUUAGAUGCCUUGGAUCUUGGCUUGGGGGGUUUGUGACCAGCACUUGCCAUGUGGAGCCUGGUGGGGAGCCUAAGGCUUACAGUAAAGGUAUCUUAGUGGGUAUCUCAGGAAGCCAUUGAAGGGACCCACCAGAAAGAGGCCUUUCGUUACAUUAAACACUGGAUUUUGUUUAACCUUUCUGUGUCUUAUUACUUGUGCACUUCCAUUUUUAUUUUGAAUAUUUUCUAUUGCCACUAAAUUUGUAAAUAUUAUUUAACAAAUACAAGUGAGCAUUUUUAAAUAGUUUUGGGCACAAUUCUUUGAGGCAUUGUUUUUGGCAUGAGUGUUUACUAAUAAAUUAUAAAAAAUCUUGUAUAGGUUUUUAGCCAAGCUUAAAUGAAUUGAGAUAGGUAAUCUCACACACACACACACAAAGUGUAAUUGCUUAGUGUGUAUGUAAUUACCUAGCACCUAUUACCUAGUGUGUGUGUGUGUGUGUGUUUAGGAGACUACUUGGUUGUAAUAUUUGUUGAUUACAAUUUAAUUUUCCAUUUUGAAGUAAAAUUUCAGUUUUGUGGUUGAAGAUAAAAUGUGUGUGGUGGAUAUUUGUGCAAGUUUGCCACAAACCUAGAAUUACAAACCGUUUUGUCAUGGCAAACACUGGUAUAACAACAAUAAUAAAGUAUGAAUAUUCACCAAGAAUGAUACAGUAAUUGAACUGGGACGAGCAUUUGUGGAAGAUAGUAGACCACCUAUUCUAAAUGCUCUAUAAGCAGGGGGUAAGGAAGACUUUAAUCCUAAAUAUUGAAAAAUUCAGUGCCUAAUUACACUGCAAGUAGGUAGCAAACUUUGUUUACACAGGCUUGGCAAAGGUGAUAUUCUUAAACACAAAUUUUCCUACUCAGAAGGCAUUUAUUCUUCCAGAAACUCCACACCUCAGAAAAUUCACUUUGAGGAUAUAACUAGUAAACUUAAAAUAUUUGCAUUUGAUUUUCAUCAAUUGACAGACAUAUAUUUAAUCUGGAAUUUCUGAAGAUAAUACUCUGAGGUAAAUGCGUGUGUAGUUGGUUUACAUAGGUUUAAUUAUUGGGAGAUAACGACUUCGUUUCAUUGUGUAUACAAUUGGUGUUUAUGACACGAGCAUGAAGUUGUCCAUUGGAUGCUAUUAGUUUGUCACUGUACGAAUGUCAUAUUGCACAAAUUUUUUGUGUGUGUAUUACUGCAGGAAAAACAGCAUUGAAGAUAAACUUUCAAAUGCCUGCUCAUAACUCAUAUCUGGGUUUCAUCCCUUGAAUCCUCACAAAAAACUAUUAUAUAUUUUGCUACACGGGUGUAACUAACAUAUUUAUCAGCAAGCUGUUAAUUAUUAUUUCAUACAUAACAAUCAAAAUAUAAAUCCAUGAAAUUUUUAAAUAAUUUAUCUUUUGUUUCUUUUAAGCCAGUCUAAGUAAAUAGGGUCAAGAUACCCUAAAUUACUCUAAGAAACACGAUCAUAUUAUAAAACCCUCCUAACAGGCUGUAGUUGCAAUUAUUUAUAAAAGGUACAUUGAAUGUAAGAGAUUGUAUACAUGUACUGAAUUGACAGCUUGAUAUAAUCAUUUAAGUUUAACCACAAAAAACUUUUUAACAUUUACAAAGUGUCCAUGAGAAAAAAGUAUAAAUAAUAUUUUACAGUCUCCUGAUAAUGGCAUUAGUUAAACCACAACACUCAAAUAACACUUAGAUAUAUGGAGAUCUUUCCGUCCCGACCACGACGUUCUCGCUUAAGUUUGUAUUUAUGCGCUUUAAAUUAUAUUUUUGUUAUUUAUUUAUACUAUAGUUCCUAUUAUAGUUUUAAUUGAAAUACUCAUCAAAGUAUGUAUUUAAAUAAUUAUUAACCAUUUAUUGAAAUUUACAAAUGUCUUGAUGAAAUGUCCAAUUGAAUGGUCAAUUUUCAAAUAUCCUAGGUAGCACUGUACUCUUAAUUCAAGUUGACUGUGAAAUAAAAUUAUGUAUUGUUUGGAGCUUCAUUAGUGAGAUUUGUCUCACUAUUUAUACAUUUUAAGUGGAUAAUGGAACAUAUACACAGAAAUCACAAUAGCAUGAUGCAGCAAAUGAACAAAGGUGCGUCUGGGAAUCCUCUCGGACAUAGGUUCGAAUCCUUAUCACGGCACUUGUGGAUUUGUUCAAUGCAACAUUAUAUUUCUUGUAUGUGCUGUUGAAUUUUAUUGCUCAUUAUUAAGAUAUUUAUCAGAAGGUUUGAAAAAAAGGGGGAUAUAUUAUAAAUUACUUAAUGCUUUUGUUUUUAUACAAACUGAAAUUUUCUGUAAGCUCUCUAGAGCAAUAAUUAUAAAAAGUUAGGAAGAAAAACAUGUCAUUAUACUCAAAAAUAGAAGGUGUAAACUGAGAUUUUGUGAUUGUAUAAUUGUUACAAAGUGAGGAUUUACACUUGUAUGUUCCUCAGUAAUGUGUAUGUAAUGAUCUACAUAAAUAACAGCAAUAUCACUUACUAAUAUGCUGAAAUUUAUUGGUUUAUGCAUAUGUAAAUGGAAGAUAUCGAGUCACAUUACAUAGCAUAGACACCUGCUAGAUACACUACUGUAUAUCCAUAAUUUGAGAUUAAGCUGGACUACUUAAUGCACUCUUAUUACAUUUAAAUUAACAUAUUUUCAAAGCGAGGUAAGAUGUACUUGUAUAGAGUCCACUUAGUGUCUAGAACGUUCAGUUUUCCAAGACUGUAUGCGUGUCUCUUACAAAAAUCACAAAAAAAAAAACACUUUUCUGAUCAUCGAUAUAAGAGGUUAUAUUUAAUUUUUGUUCUUAUGUUUUACGGAGGAUGUAUGGUAUUAAUCUGUUGAAUGACAUGGAGUUAGACUCCCUGAGAGGUGCAUU